AUGCUUGUCUCCCUGUAUAAGGGAACUGAGUGGUUGGGAGGGAGGUAGAUAGAAGGCAGGGGCUCAGGGCUUACACUCCCAAACCAUCUUAAGACAGCAGACGCCUGUGCGCUCACUGAACCCUCUAGCCAGAGCCGUGCCAGGGAACUACAAGGAUUGGCUCUGUCCUGCUGCCAAACUGCCUGUUGUAACUGCCUGUGUGUGCUGCAAUAUCCCCUCCUGUCUCCAGUGGAAAUAGCGCUUUCUUGGACACCCCAUCUACUUUCCACUCCUGAGCAGCGGACUAAGGACCCUCCCAGGGUUUUUCAGGGCUUUGGCUGUGCCUGCUGGGAACCUUUUAUUAAACAAGUGGCACUAAGGGACCUGGGACUUCUCCGAAUUGCGCUAGUGGUGGCCAAGGAGUCUUUAAUCGCCUAGUCCUGAGCGCAUCAGUCCAGAUAAGAGAUCCAGUUUGGUGAAAAUCAAUGACUUGCUAACAAGGGAACUCGUGGGAUUUUUCUUAUCCUUCUUGUCAAUAUGGAUGUGUUUGCUUUGGUGCUUGGAGUUAUUUCUCUGUGCUCGCUGGGAGCCAAAGUCUCAGGCCAAGAAGGAACCUGUGGCGGUCGUUUAAAUGCCAAAGAUGCUGGUUAUAUCACAUCCCCAGGGUACCCAAAUGAUUACCCACCUCAUCAGAACUGUGAAUGGAUAAUCAGUGCUCCAGAACCCAACCAGAAGAUUGUACUUAACUUCAAUCCUCACUUUGAUAUUGAAAAACACGACUGCAAGUACGACUUUAUUGAGAUUCGGGAUGGUGAUAGUGAGUCAGCAGAGCUGUUAGGAAAGCACUGUGGAAACAUAGCUCCCUCUACUAUUACAUCAUCUGGAUCCCAAAUGUACAUCCGCUUCACAUCAGACUAUGCCCGGCAGGGGGCUGGAUUCUCACUGCGCUAUGAGAUCUUUAAAACAGGAUCUGAAGAUUGCUCCAGGAACUUCACCAACAGCAAUGGUACUAUCGAGUCUCCUGGUUUUCCUGACAAAUACCCCCAUAACUUAGACUGUGUGUUUACCAUUGUGGCCAAGCCAAAGAUGGAGAUCAUUCUACAGUUUCUUACAUUUGACCUGGAGCAUGACCCGCUCCAAGCUGGGGAGGGGGACUGCAAAUAUGACUGGUUGGACAUCUGGGAUGGAGUUCCAAGUGUAGGCCCCUUGAUUGGCAGGUAUUGUGGCACCAAGACCCCAUCGGAAAUCCGCUCAUCAACCGGAAUCCUUUCGCUCACCUUUCACACUGACAUGGCAGUGGCUAAGGAUGGCUUUUCAGCUCGAUAUUACCUUGCCCCUCAGGAAGUCCCUGAAACUUUCCAGUGCAAUGUUCCUUUGGGCAUGGAGUCAGGGCGUAUUUCAAAUGAACAGAUUACCGCUUCCUCUACAUACUCAGAUGGGAGGUGGACAGCCCAACAAAGUAGGCUCAACAGUGAUGAUAAUGGUUGGACUCCCAAUGUAGACACCAACAAGGAAUAUUUGCAGAUAGAUCUCCGGUUCUUAACUUUGCUAACAGCCGUGGCAACCCAAGGGGCAAUUUCACGGGAAACACAGACACCCUACUAUGUUAAAUCCUAUAAACUAGAAGUCAGCACAAAUGGUGAAGACUGGAUGAUGUUUCGCCAUGGCAAAAACCACAAGAUAUUCCCAGGAAACACAGACCCAACAGAAGUUGUUUUGAACAAGAUACCUCAGCCAGUGUUGACCCGAUUCGUCCGAUUCCGCCCACAGUCUUGGGCCACUGGAAUAGCAAUGCGUGUUGAACUGUAUGGCUGUCAAAUUACAGAUUCUCCCUGCUCUAAUAUGUUGGGAAUGAUGUCUGGCCUAAUCUCGGAUUCCCAGAUCACAGCAUCAUCAACCAGAGAAUACCUCUGGUCCCCCGGAGUGGCCCGUCUGGUAAGCAGUCGGUCAGGAUGGUACGCUCAUAUUCCAGUUGCACAGACUGGAAAGGAAUGGCUCCAGGUGGACCUUGGCACUGUAAAGACUGUGAGAGGGAUCAUCAUACAAGGAGCACGUGGUGGAGACAGUCUUCCAACCACAGAAAAUAGGGCUUUUGUAAGAAAGUUCAAAGUGGCUCACAGCCUGAAUGGAAAGGACUGGGAUUAUAUUCUGGAUUUAAAGACUGAGCUGGCCAAGCAGUUUGAAGGGAACAUGCACUAUGACACUCCUGAAGUACGCAGGUUUGAACAAGUGGCAGCACAGUUUGUUCGUGUCUAUCCAGAUAAGUGGUCUCCAGCAGGAAUGGGCAUGCGGAUGGAAGUGCUGGGCUGUGACAGGCAAGAAGUGAAACCUACCACAGAAACUGUGAAACCCACUGUCAAGACUGAAGAAGUGACAACACAGAAUGUGUCCGAUGAGGAGACCACUGAAUGUGGAGAGGCUUGUAUAGAUGAAUUUCAGUACCCACCAGGAUUUAACUGCAACUUUGACCAUUCAGAUGAUGUUUGCAGCUGGACGCAUGAUACCAACGCUGACUUCACAUGGUCGUUUCAUCCCCAUAGUCCCUGGAUGGGUCACUCUGGCUCGGUUGCCGGAAACAGCAAACAUUAUCUGAGGCUACCAAGUACUGGAAGGAGGGAAGGACAACAUGCACGUUUACUGAGUCCUAAGAUGUACUUGCCAAGAACUGUCCUCUGCAUGGUGUUCCGGUAUAGAGCCUCAGGGAGCAGUGGUGGGACACUUCAGGUGUUAAGAAAAUCUAGUCUGGAGAACAGGCUGCUUUGGCAGAUGAAAGAGGAGCAAGAAAGUGAUUGGAGAGAAGGAAGAAUCAUCUUGAACAGCUCCAAGGGAGAGGAAGAGUACCAGGUUGUCAUUGAUGGAAUUGUGGGCAAAGGGCAGCCUGGAGAGAUAGCUGUUGAUGACAUCCGAAUAGCUACUGACAUACCAGUGGAACACUGUAUGGAACCUCUCACAGCCUUUUCAGGGCAGAAUCCAGUAUUCCCCCAAGGGGGCACCCUACUACCAGGGAGCGAGCCCACAGUGGACACGGUGUCAGUGCAGCCCAUUCCAGUCUACUGGUAUUACGUUAUGGCAGCAGGAGGCGCUGUUCUGGUGCUGGUCUCCGUCGCACUGGCCUUGGUGCUCCACUACCACCGAUUCCGCUAUGCGGCCAAGAAGAGUGACCAUGCCAUCACCUACAAAACUUCGCACUACACCAACGGGGCCCCCUUGGCAGUGGAGCCUACUUUAACUAUUAAAUUAGAACAAGAUGAUCGCGACCACUCGCGGUGCUGAGGGCAAUCCCGACACAGGAUCUAGACUUAACAGACUCCAGAAAGUUGGCUCAAUUUGCACUUUUAUCCUCUCAUCCCUUACAUCCCUGUGACACUUCGUUCUUCAUACUUAUGAACUCAUAGACACCUGGUUCCCAUGACUGUCUCUAAAAUUUAAAUGCUGCAUCUUGGAAAAUGUUUGAGAAGAAGGUUCUGCCUCCUACAGCCUAAAUGCUUUUUCACAUUUUUUUAAAGACUAAAAUUUUGAAGGAUCUCUUGGUUUAAUUUUGCACUCCUUCUGCCAGAUGGAAAAAAAAUUGCCUGAAAACAUGAAGGAAAGUCUGGAAAAGAAUCUCCCUCUCCCCACUUAACCCUUUUGCUCUCUGUAUAUUCCUGAGUGCUUAAAUUGCAAGGAGUGAUUUGUAGGCAAGUAAAGAAGCAAACACAGACUCAGCUUAAAUUGCAAGGAGGAGUGAUUUGUAGGCAAGUAAAGACGCAAACACAGACUCAGUUUAUAUAGUGAAAAUAAGCCACCAUACAGGCCUGUUUAGUGAGGCAUAAUGUGCCUUACAGCUCAGCUCCACUUUCUUUAUAUUUUUAAACAGAAGACAGAACAGUAGGACCUGGUACACUGAAUUGUGAAACCAAACCUAUUCCACUGUGUUGUGAGUUAACUUUUCUGUGCUGAGGUCCAUAGGCCAGUGGUUUAAUCCCCCAGCGCCAGCCCAUACGCUGCACUAAACAGCUCAGGUUUUAAUGGAUAUCCUCAUAGGAACUCUGUAUCGAUCAGAAUUAUCAUCUGCUUAAUUAUAUGCCAGUGUUGCUUUGAGGAUACCUUGCAAAGUGUCUUUGGGGGGCAAAGGGCUGGUGUUGAGAACCACUCUAAUAUGUCUAUAUUUGAACUGUUUUGUAUCAUACAAAACUAAAAUUUGCUAAUCUGCUAGUGGACCACACAUCUGCAUUAUGAAUAAAAUACAAAUAGAAGGAUUGUUUAUAACACAUGAAGGAAUGGGUUGAAAACCUCCAUGCUUUUUAGACAAAGCUUUUAUAGCAAAUAUGCAAUCUUAACAUAAAUGGAGAAAGUCUUUUUUACCCUUUCACUGCCAUACUGAAUGUAGUACAUGUCCAUUAUCCAUUACUCAGUGAAAAGGUACCAAUAGCAAAUAUCUUAAUAAUAACACUGGGUAAACAUUUAUAUUCAUACUGCCUCAAUUUAACUGUCAUUUUAAUGGGACCCAUAUACUUGAACUAAGCAAAGCUGUUUUAAAGUUUUUGUUUGGUAAUUCUCACUGAUCUCAUCCAUUAGGCUGAUGACAGAACAUUAGAUUAGUUGCCCCACGAUUAAUCUACUGUAGUAAUGGCGACUACUUUCCUUGAAUGCUUUCCUACUGGCGAGAAUGUAAAUUGCCAGUAGGAAAACAUAUGUGUCGCAAGACAACUUCAGUUGACUUUCCGAAGUGACACAUAUGUUUUCCUACUGGCGAUUCACAUUCUCGCCAGUAGGAAAGUAUUCAAGGAGAGUAGCCACCAUCACUACAGGAGAUUAAUCGUGGGGCAGCUAAUCUCCUCGUCUGUCAUCGGCCUAAUGGUUGAGAUUAAUUGCGGGCUGAUUGCUCAAAUUAUAUUAGUGUCUAAAUUGCUAGACUAUGCCAUCCAUUUGUCCUAUAAUGAGGGAUAUCACACAAAGGAUUUACAAUGUCUUUUAAAGUAGAGAAGAAGGAUUGGAAACAAUGGCUUUCUAGAACAAGGCAGAAAGUGCUAGCAGAGUUAGCAUCUCUGCUAAACAACAAGACGAAAGUAAAGGGUAAAAUAAUAGGAAUAGUGGGCUUACAUCAAGGAGGGCAAUUUAAGACCAAAGUUGCCAUACUGCCGCUGCAGAUCACUCAGAGAAUCUUAAGUCCUCACCUUGUUGCAAAGUGCAGAUACUUAAUUAGCAUUAGCUAAAUUUUCUUUUCUAGUUAACUAUACAGACUUUUGCUCAUAUUCUGGUAGUUUAAUUUAAAGAACACCUUAGGAGCAAAAAAACUAUUUCCAAGGGAAAUAUUCACUCUAUUGUCACAUCAACUGUUGUAUAGAGAGGUCUAGAAGCAUCCACAGCUAUCCAGAAAAUAGCAGUCAUGCUUACAAAGAUUUAAAAGGGUCAGUAUGCUGCAUUAAUGGUGGCCAUAUUCAACUGAUUAGUCUCUGGGCUAAAUCAGCAUCAAACAAUCAUUUUUUAUUUUUCCAUCCACACAAACAGUUGUAGCUGAUCUCACUCAUAUUAAAAGAAAUGAAUCAUUACCUUAAUAGUUGGGCAUUUUCUGUAAUGCCGCCCCCCCCCCUCGGCCCCCCACGCUUACCUUUACAGCACCAGAGCGUGUCCAGGGGGGCUGAAUCGCUAGUGUAGAGGGUGCAUUUGCGCUCUCUCACUAGCAGAGACGAAUUUCCAUUUAAAAAAAACAGAAAUAUGGCUCUUAAAACUUAAAGGAACUGCUUUUUGUCCACCCCCCUGGUAACUUUGGGGGCGCUGCUGUCUGAUGCGAGUUUCUCAACUCAUCUCAUGGCAGCAGCGUCCCUGCCUUAAUAAAUAGUAUGGCUUUCAAAUCCAUAGAAGCUCUGGGAAAAGUGGUGGAAGAUCUAUCAUUUUAAAGAGCUUUAUCAGCAAUCAGCAUUAGGACUGUUCCAAUUCCCUGCCAGUGCAAAUAAAAAUGUGAUAAUAAAAAAGACCAUCUUUUAUGAUAAAAACAGCUUCUGAAGCAUCCAAAAUACUACCAGGAGAUCCUGCAGAGGAUACAGUUUCCAACCUAUGCGGCUGGUGCUGACAAACAGUUUUGUUAUAGGUGUGGCUUCCCCAAAUAUCGGCUGUCCUUGCAAAGAAAAAAAUGACACAUUGGAUUCAUUACAGGCUGCACAUAUUAAAAAUAAGUUAAUACUGUAGAUUUCCACAUAUAAAACAUUGAUUUUCAAACAUCAUUAUUAGUUACUUUAGUGGUUCUAAUGUUAUCAUUCACUGAAGAAAAUGUGCGAAAUUGAUUACCCGGUGCAACAAAGCUGCUUACUGUCCAAUGUAAAAUAUGGUAGAUCCCUUUCUGCAGCAGAACCGUAAGGGCAAUAUGUCUGCAUUUGUUUCUCAAGAAAUAGUGUCUGGUCACAUGCCAUUAUAAAUUAUUGAAAUUAGAUAUUUUAUGGCACAAAUAAAAAAGGGCAAACAACUGUUUCUUGUCAGUGCCAUGAUUCCUAUUAUCUGUCAUGUUAUUGAAAUUGAGACCAUUCCUGGGGAACAGAUGUAGAAACAAAGCCACUUGCAUGUAUUGGCACUACAGUUAUUUGCAGUUCAACUUUAUUUUCAACUUCUGUAUACCAUCAACAUAUGUCCUGCCUAAUGGUGUUUUAGCCCAGCUCAGAACCAGGACAAACAAUAAGCUACAAGCAAUUGAGUAGCGAACACACUACUGUACAAUACUAUAACCAUUAUGUACUUUUGUAAAUGUACAAAACAACUGUCACUCUCACAAUUUACAGUUACAGUGUUUGUGGAGCUUGAGAACAAUCGAUUUUACAUACAUUUUUAAGUAGCAAAUGGGUGGCCUUAUAUGCUAAGUGACGUAGAAAUGUAUAUUUUUUUGUAUCCAUGCUGUUAUUUUGGUGUUUGAAUGUAAAUCUCACAGAUAUAGUAUACAGUGCACUGCUGUGUAUAAAUAACUUAUGCGCCUUUUGUAUUAGAAUGGUUAUGUCCGUUAAACAUUUACUUAGAAUUCUUUGGUGGCAUAACAUGCACAUUGGGAAUGUGCCUAAUACGUAAUAUGUUUUGUACAUUAUCAAGCUCACAGGAAAGUGGUCAAGGAAUAUUGUUAUACUCCAUCCCAGAUUGCUAGUAGAGAUGACUCUUUAUUCUGGUUCACGUCACAUAAUAUAAUGUAGAUUAAAAAAAAUGUGCCCAUCUCACAUUGGCCCAAUUAACAUUAACAUUGUUAAAUGUUUCCUUUGGUGCAUAGAAUUUUUUUUUUCCUGUGGAGAAUUUAUUUUAUCACUAGAACACUGAUUUACCAUUAUGACCCCUGAACUUCUGUUCAGACAGUGUGAAGGCAAAGUAAGAUAUUCAUGCCUUAUUUGACACAAUUACAUGAAAAAAAUGUAUAUCUUUCCAAAAUAGCUUUUUUUGCGGAUGAUGGGCGUUAUCGUUUCCUAACACUUGAAGGGUCUCAGAUUGAUUUCCCUGUGAUAUAUCAUUCUGCAAAUCAUUUGCAUCCUACGGGAAACAUAUAUAAAAUCUCACCAGCUGUUUCCAGGCUGUCUUACUGCACCAUGCGAUAUCUGCUUUUGAAUCAGCAAAAUGGUUAAGGUGAAAUGGGUUCAUAUAUUCUGAAAUCGAGACAUUUCCUAUGGUUUAAUCACAAGAGGGGACUUACAGCAAGCCUUUAGAAAUCCCAUCAGUCUUAUAGUUAGUGUGUCAGACAGCAUCCCUCUAUCUAUUGCUCUGUAAUUGGUAAUUAUGCUGCCAGUUUUCCCUCAUCUGCUGAAUCCAACAGCAGUAUCUAAGGCUUGCCAUCUGUUACCACAUGCUUAGAACAAAAGUUCAGUGAUUGUAAAUAUCAUUUACUGUUUGACUUUAAAAGUGAAUGCGAGAAUAACAAUGAAAAGAGAAACAGACAGCAUUGUGGAAAAAUAAGGAACUUUGUUGGGGCUGGUUUUAAAGCCUUCUAUUUUAUCUUUAAAUGGUGGCGGCUUUAUUUCAUAUUCAGUCCUGGGGUUUUCUUUUUAAUCUUUUCUUUUCUCAGACACAAGUCAUACAUCCCUACUGAUUCUCAGUUUCUAAUAACCCUUAUUAAUGUGAAAGAACAAAUGUGCUUUAGAUAGCAACAAAAAUCAUUUGGUUGUGGAACCAUUGUGCUAUGCUCUGUGGACAAUAGGGUUAUGUGCUAAAUUUCUGUGUAAUUUUCAAAACAAGCCAUAGGGUAGCAGAGAGACAUGAUGGAGAGUCCAUCACCAGCAAUCUUUUAUUAAGGGAAUAUUAAUGAAAUAUGAACAUUUAUCAAGUUUCCAUAAAUCCCUUGUUCUGUCUAUUUAUUAAACUAAUAUAAUCACUCUUGGUUAACAGUAUAUUUACUCUUGCUAAAUUGCUAAAGUGUUGCCAAUAAGGAUCCUUAGAAAUGUUUUUUUGUUUUGUUUUUUUUUUAAAUUAAGAGAGGGGAUGUUAAUCCGCUUGGAAGAGAUUUAAUGGGAGACUGUUAUCUCUAACAUUUUAAAAAUGUCCGGAUUGCAAAGCAAACGUUCAUUGUGCAGUCCAUUGGCGUCCCUAAAUUCCAUGUAAAAAUGGCAACUUCAGACUUAUGCAGUCUUAAUGAAAGCAUUAUUUCCAGUACCAGUUUACCCAUUUUCAUAGGGUGCUAAUAUUUCUUUUGCAAAAUGUUUUAGGAUCCAGAGCUAUAAACCCCACUAUUCAUAAUGCAUAAUAGCUUGUGAAACAACAACCGAUGGUAAUUUUUCAAUUUCAGGUCAAAAAUUUACUAUGUAUAGACAUAAAGCCAAGGCUCCUCACAGACCAUAAUUUGAAUCCUUUUAGUGCAUCACUUGUUGAUCAGCUACAGUGGAUAUUAUCCAACACACACAGCAGUGUUCUGCUUAGAUUUGCACCUGUUUUAUGUCACAGGUUGUGUGUGCCCCUAGAGUGCAAUGGAAGGGUGUAAAUAGGUGUCAGAGGUCCAAACAGCACGAUAAGAUAUAGGACUCUUUAUAGACAUAGACACACAGAGCUUAUUAUUGCAUUACAUUUAAUUGCACAGUAGAGGUCCUCUUUGUCAACAUAUAAUAACCAAUCUAUUUGAUUUACAUGCCUUGCCUGUUUGGCUAUAAAGGUAUAAAUGCAUAAUGCUUUUAAUAUUGGGCAUCCCAUUUGUACAAACAGUACCCUACCAUCACUAUUAGGAAAAGCCUUCAUUCAUUUUCUUGUGUGUUGUAGAUAUCUUUUGUAUUAAAGACUACUAUCUAGUUAGAAGCCAUUGUUAAAUUAAAAUAUGGCCCAUGGGCCUCUGCGGUGAAGCAUUUUGAUAAAUAUAUAUCCACAUAUCCUUUAGUUGAUUUUAUAAACAUAGCCACUAUUUCACUACCAAAUGUUCUACAAAAGGGGCUGCAGCUUCUAACACUGGUUGUGCAUUAUGACAAACAAGACUCUUUUUUUUAUUUGGAAGUCCCACUGAAAUUACUGCUGGUUAUAGAUUUUAUUAUUCUCCCCCGGUUCCCUCCCCUGAACCUCGGCAUCUCUUGCUUUGCUCUCUGCCUGUGAAUGAACGAAAAAAAAUUGUUAUGGAAAUUUGAAUCUUAUUUGAAAAUGUGCUGUGUGGAAUGUAAUUAAAGGAUGAUAUUUUUGUACAAACA